AUGGCCCCCUUCUAUUUUUUCCCGAACUACAUGCCUGGCUGCGAGGCAUGCUUUGAGUGUGCUGGCUGCGGAGGCUGCCGAGUCGUCAAGGCCAACGGCGAGGCCACGUUUUUGUGCCAGCCGUGCCGCGACACGAUGGCAAACAUCAUCUUCCUCUGCCCCGACGCUGCGGCCGCAAAUGCCCUCGUCAACAACGGCUUCUGCCAGUUUUGUUUCUGCAAGCCAUCUGCCGGAAUCUGCUGCAACGACUGUGCCGUCAGAACCCCCGAGGAGCUCGAGUUCGUCGCCCGCAAGGGCACGAUCCUCGUGCUCCUCGCAAACGCCCUCCAGCAGCCCGGUGCCCGCGAGCAGAUGCUCGAGCCCAUCCUGCCCGCUGACGAUGCCGUCUUGGGCGCCGCUGAGGAGCCUCACUUUGACCCUGCCGUGGCCGCUCGCGAGUGGCAGAACAUGCCCGGCGAUAUCGACUUUGGCUUCUACCCCGACCAAGACUUCCAGUUCGGCAACAACGCCCAGGUCCCCGGCGCGGAUGCGAAUGUGCCCAAGCCAGAGCCUGUGGACGCGGCCAACGGCAUCGGUCAUCACAACAUGCCUAUCCCCAGCCCACGUGCCAACCUGCCUGUCGACCCGGUUCUUCCUCAGAUCGUCGUAUCCAGACCUGCUCAAGGCGAACAAGUAGAGGACAGCGGCAACGCUACGCCUACAACGACCGCUGGCAUCUCCCUCGCGGCUCGCAUCCUCGGCCUUUCUCCCGAGAGAGCAGGUUCUCUUGAUCCACAGCCUGCCCAGAAGCCUUCUGGCCGCAAAAGUACUGACAAGAAGACCACGAAAAAAUAA